ACUGAACAUAAUUUGAUUUUCUUAUACAGCGAAUGCACUUUUAUUCUAAAAUCCUUCAAAAUUAUAAACUUCAAGUUUAUUUGAAGUCUUAUAGGAUAUUAUGAAUUUGAUAUAUUGAAAAAGAUGGGUGUAAAACUUAAACGACGUGAUAUAGUAAAAUUAGUGACUUGUAAGAUAUGUGAACGUUCAAUGACUAAACCCAAAUGUCUGAAUUGUAUGCAUUCAUUUUGUGAACAGUGUUUAUCUGCAUAUAUUAUCAAGUUAGUUGAGAGCGAGGGAAAAUCUUUACAAUGUUUUAAAUGUCCGUCUUGCCAAGCAGAUAAUAAAAUUCCCGAUACGUCCUUGCCGAUCGAAUCGUGGGUACGUUUCUUUUCUCCAAGUGCUAUCGUUACUUUUCUCUUGGAGAAAAUGUCGUUGGAAAAUUCUCAGGAGUGUGACCCUUGUAAACGAGGUGACAUCACGGUAGAUGCUACGUCAUGGUGCAAAGAUUGCGGUGAAGCUCUGUGCGAAAACUGUGCUAGUUACCACACUAAAGUCAAAAUGCUUAUGGAUCAUACAAUUGUUACAUUAGACGAAAUGCGAAAACAACCAAAACAGAUUGCUGACACUGACGAAUUGUGCUCUCAACAUGGUGGAAAAUAUGUAGAAGCGUUUUGUGACGAUCAUGAUGCUAUAUGUUGCGUCGAGUGCAUAACAGAAAAUCACAGACAGUGCAAAAUGGUCCGUACUUUAGAACAGGCUUCUCUGGGUAUCAAAACAAGAUUGGAUCCGUUAGUUUAUAGAAUGAAUGAAUUAGAAAAACAAGCUGUUUCCGUUGUUGAAGACAGGAAAACCAACAUGGAAGACCUCUUGAAACAAAAGGAAGACAUUCUUACUGAAGUCAAUAAAACAAGGACAGACAUGCAACGCUACUUUGAGACACUGGAAACAAAACUGAAAGAAGAAAUAGCACAAACACACGAGUCGUUGUCCGAAGAACUUCAACUGCAGGCUCGGAAUUUCGAACAUAUAUUUAACAAUUGCGAUAAUGGAAAAAGAGUUCUUACUGCCUCAGUAGAUUAUGGAUCUGACAGAGAUAUCUUCAUUACUGCUUUCAAACUCAGAAAACAAUGUGAACUUCACGAACUUUACAUCAGAUCACAAAGUGAGAACAUUUUACGUCAUGACUAUAGCUUACAUAUGAAUGAAAUAAUAAAAACAUUCACAGAUCAAAUUAAAAGCAUGGGAAACGUGUCAAUAGAACAAAAAUCAACCAACAUAGUCCCUUCAUUCUACAAAGAUAUGCACGUUUCAGUGAUUGCAAAUAUGUCGGGCAAAUCUUGGUCUGAUACUGGGCAUUGUUGGUUUACAGGUGGGAUAUUCUUACAGGGUGGUUUAAUCGUAAUGGCGGAUUACCGCAACCGGAAGUUGAAGUGCUUCAAUACGACAUAUACGAUGACAAACGAACUUGUUCUAGAGGAUAAUCCAUGGGAUGUAUGCUUUUUAGAAAGUGAAGACUUAGAAGGUGACACUAUGUUGGUAACCUUUCCUAAUGAUUCAAAUGCGAAAGUCGUAAAGAUAGACAGUGGAGGGAAGAUGGUUCUACAAGAUGACGAGUAUGAAAUUGGCAGUGGUGGUCAUGGCUUGCACAGAAAUGGGGAUCGUAUCUAUAUAGCUUGUUCAAAUGAGAUUAGGAUGCUAAGUUUGAAAACAAAAUCUAUUUCGACUAUGCCUGUCGGAAAUCGAGGAGCGAGAUAUGUGCUUAGUACAAAAGCGUCAAGCAUUUGUUAUUCUACAAAGGCUUCCGUCACAUGUCAUGAUAAGAAAGGACAAGAAAUAUUCCGAUAUAAAGACCCGGAACUCCGUUCUCCACGUGGGAUAGCAGAAGACGCAGAGGGGAAUAUUUAUGUGUGUGGAAUCGAUUCAAAUAAUGUGCAUCAGCUUCUUCCAGACGGUACAUUUGUCAAAAUUGUCCUUUCAGGCAAGGAUGAUAUAUAUAAUCCGUACGCAAUUCUAUUCCAACAGAACAACACACGAUUUAUUGUUACUCAAAUGGACUCUGAUAUAGUCAAAGUUUAUGAACUUGUCACUAUGUGGUAGACAUUCUUAAGUGUAUAUUACAACAUGGGCGAAAAAGCUUUGAUGCUCAUCAACGUUUUCCUUUGUUGAAGUUUCAAGAGUAUAAUGUAUAAAUGUACUGAAACAUUUCAUCAAGACAGUAAAGUAUAAUAAGUAAUCGUAUUUAUAUUAUCAAUCAUUUUUACGAGUUGUUUUCUCCCUUAAACGUGACGGUGAAACUUUCAGUGGUAUCACAAAGAAUUUACAUAUUGAUACAAACAUAGAACAGGUUAUCAGAGCCGAAAUAAAUCUUCAAAAAUUCCUAGACCGGCUAAAUUUUUCUGCGGAUAUGUUACAGGUUACAUUUGUUUUGUAUCUUUAAGAGUUUCCGCGAUGGAAUUCAGGAAAGAAACAGGUUUUAUAUAUAUGUUUACACUAGUCAUUUUGGGGCCCUUUAUAGCUUGCUGUUCGGUGUGAGCCAAGGCUCCGUGUUGAAGGCCGUACUUUGACCUAUAAUUGAUUUAAUUUUUAUACAUUGUGACUAGGAUGGAGAGUUGUCUCAUUGGCACUCUUUCCACAUCUUCUUAUUUAUAUUUAUAUCUAUAUAUGCAUUAAAGUUGGUACACGGCAAAUAACCUGUGUAAAGUUUUUGAUAUAUUAAAAAUAAACCUUUUAAUGUCAUAUGCACACUAUUUGUAAGUCAUAUUUCAUUAGGCUUCUUAAAAGGGGGUUCUUGUUCCAUAAAGCUUUUUCAAAUAACUAUAAUCAGUCUAUAGAAAGUGCGAAUCGAGAAAACCGUUUCUUAUGUGGCGUAGUGAUAUUUUCUUUUGUAAAUGAGAUGCAUUGUGGGGAAAUCUCAGACGAAUGUUGACAUUUAUAGGAAUAAAAGAAAAUUCAUCGUAAAAAA